AUGGCCAAUUACGGCUUACUCGUCUUAGUACCUGCCCUUAUCACCAUCCUUAUUUUCGGGAUCCCUUUGUUCUUGGCAGAAUAUUUCCCAUGGCGGAGUCUGUGGAAUCAGCGUCAUGGCAGACCAACCGUGGUUACUAAAUCAUACAAAGGCAGGACUGUCCUGAUUACUGGCGCGAAUGGCGCAUUCGGCUCCAGGGCUGCGAAAAUCUUUGCUCACCGCGAGGUCGAGACUCUUGUUCUUGUUGACGUCAAGGAUUGUGGAGGCGUCAAGGAGGAAAUCGAGGCAGAGCUCAGUGAGAUGAAGAAGACCAAGCCUAACAUUCUGGUUUGGCAAAUCGACAUGAUGUCCUUUGCAGGCUGUCAGGAAUUGGGAAAGAAGGCACGCGAAUUGAAGAGCCUUGAUCAUGUCUUAAUGACGGCAGGGAUUCUCGCCUUCAAUCGCCGCGAGUCACCUGAGGGCUGGGAAACUUCGAUCCAAGUCAACUUCCUCUCCAACGCACUUAUCGCGCUCCUCCUACUUCCACUGCUCAAAUCCUGCCCAACAAAUCCAUCCCCUCCUGUUCUGACCUUCGUCACCACCUUCGGCGUGUAUCCAUCCUCCUUCACCAUGUCCGUACCCAAGCGCGGCUCCUAUCUCAAACAUCUCAGCAACAACAAGGGCGGCAUGGAGCAAGCGCAUCAGUACGGCCGUUCCAAAGCCCUCCUUCUGUACUUCGCCCGCGAGCUGGCAGCCCGAGCCUCGGCCACCGCAGCCGCAGGCAAAGGCAUGCGCAAAGUGACCAUCAACAGCGCCGACCCUGGCUCGGCGUGGACGCCACUCACGAAUCCAAACCAGGCCAAGUUGAUUCCGAGGUUGAUCAUGAACUUUGGCGCUAGAGAUCCACAAAUCUGUGCCACUGCGCUGGUCAAUGGAGUUUCGGCUUCAGAAGAAGGGCAUGGGAAGAUUAUGCAGGAUUUUGAUACUGCGGCGUAUCCGCCUUUCAUGGAGAGAAAGAGCGGCCGCAUGGCGCAGCAGCGUGUUUGGGAGGAGACGAGAAGUGAGCUUGAGGCGAAAGUCCCGGAGGUCAAGUUUGUGUAUGAGAUGUUGGAUAAGACGUUGGAUAUGUAA